UCAUGGAUCAAGAUCCUAACCCGCACGUCGUCCAGGACACGGAUAUGUCCAUGUGGGAUGACCCUUCCUUCUCCAACCUCUACGACAACCUAGGCACCGCCGCCGAGUCGCCCUUCGAUGGCGCUCGCCUGUUCGACAUGUCGGCCGCGACUGUGCAAGCCGACAGCCCCAGCUACCACAUCAAGACCGACGACGGUCAACACGCGCAUUCUCACCAGCAAUACAACUCGCGAUCGCUCGUCUCGUCGCGCUCAGCCGAGAGCUCAUCGCAAGACUCGUCUUCCGAGACCAGUGGCAGAAAGCGCAAGAACACUUCGGCCACUUCCGAGUCUCCACCUGGAAACUUUGAGGCUAUCAAGCUUGAACAACAGCAGCCCAUGAUGCAUUCGCACGCCGGAAGCACUACUAACAUGGCCUCACUGCACUCUCUCCAUAACCUUUCAUUAGAACAGGACUUUGCCAACCACUUUGGCAGCGCUGCAAGUAGUCCUGGUGGCCAGCCUAUGGAUUUGGUUGACCGUACAUACUCCCAUCACAUGCAUAUCAAGCCUGAACCACCGGCAUCUCAGACACAAGAAGCCUCACCCGGCGCCAUGUUCAACAAUCCGACACCCUCCUCCGACGGAAACGAUAUGUUCAACGCAAAUCAGAUGUGGAACAAUACGACACAAAACCAGAAUCCUGCGUGGAACAACGACUACGCCCAUGCCUUUGCGUCGCCUGGCGCUCUUGCUAUGACACCUUCACCUGUGAUGAAUGCUCCCAAACCAGAACUACCAAAGGCAUCCACAACCCAGGGGGACCGCAUUCCUCUGCACGUUGCGCCCAUCCCAGCAAAGUCUCGAGUCGAGACACAAAUCAAUAUCCGCUUGACCAUGGACUACCUGCCGCCGCGCGUCAAAAUGCUGCAUCUGCCAACCCACACUAUUGCGAAGGCCAAGCUGCUAGCCAAAGAAGUUCAUCUCGCUGAAGACACACUCGAGCUACAUACCAUGCUCGUAUGCACCAGUGCGAUGAACCAACCCCACNNUCUGCGUGAGAAAGCCAUGAAGCAAGCAGCCCAACAGGACAAUGCUCAGAUACAGGCACGAGGCCAAAAUGCGGGCAAGAAAGCAGGUGAAGAGGAAGUGGACGAGAACGACAAACCAGCCAACGGCGGAGAAGUGCGCAUUUGCAGUAACUGCAUCAACCGUGAGCGCAAGAGAGCCGCACGCAAGAAGCUAAAGAAGGAGGAAGAGCAAGCACACUGGGAGAAGUACGAGACGGAGCGGGUGAUUGUCUUCAACACGAAUGAGUACAAGCCAUGGCAAGACUGGCAGCAGUCGCCAGCGCCCAAGGACAACAGCGUCACAGCCUCUGACUAUUUCCGCCCACCGGAGACGGCGAUGCAGGUUGUGGCUCCCAUGCGCAUUGCUUGUUAUUGCCGCCAUCAGAACGAGAAGGAUGGCUUCCAGGUCAUUUUCACCAUCAAGGACUACCAAGGCAACGUCGUGGCACAAGAUAUAUCUGACUCGAUCCUUAUAACAGAUGAUCACAAGACGCAUCCUAUGUCAAGUGUGCCUGGCCAAGUAUGGUACGACGGCCAAUUCCCAGCUCAGGCUCCCUUCACCUCGCACUCGAUGGUCGACCUGCACUCUCACAUGCCCGCAAUGUCUGUCUCCAAAUCCACAGGAAAUCUGCAGAGCCUCGGUUACGGAGCACAACAGUUCCACCAACCUAACAAUAUGCACAUGCAAAACUUCCCACAAUCACAAGCCACCACCCCUGGAACAAUGACACCACGCAACCUGUCACGUCCUGGCUCGCCCAACAGCGCAGGUCAAGCAGGGCCCAGCAAGAAACGCAAAUCGUCAUCAGCCCAUCGAAGAGUCCCAAGUACGCUUACCAUGACCAAGAUGGAGUCGAACCAGCAGAUAGCCCAACCUACUGCUCAAACGCCAUUCUCCCCUACCAACGCUGGCUUCAUCGGCAGCAAUAAUGACCCGACUUACAUCACCAUGCCACAUUCUGCAUCACGAAGCCAUUUCCACACAGGACCAUCGACACCUAUCGAGACCACUACAUUCCCAUUCGCCGCUCUCAAUCGAACGAACAGCAUGGAUGGCGCUGCAUACCAAGCCUUCUACUCUGCUCCAAGCUCUGCUCACCAGAGUCGUGCACCGAGUCCAGUAUUGGUUGGACCAAACCUGGCUGCUUUCCAGAGGCAGCAAGCGCAUGGUGGAGCCAAUGCUAUGCCAAAUCGUCAAAACCCAUUCGCCAUGUCCAACUCAUCUAUGGCUAGUGGGAUGACCGAGCCAGAUCGGCCUGGGCCCAUCAUCAACAAGGUGACACCAUCCGAAGGUCCACCAUCUGGUGGUAUAGAGGUCUCGGUAUAUGGCAGUGGAUUCACGCCUGGAAUGGAGGUAAUGUUUGGUGACCAGGUCGCCACAGCCACCACCUUCUGGGGCGAGAAGGCUCUAUGCUGUGUUCUACCCCCAGGACAGAAUGGAAUCGUGCCAGUUGCGAUCGCACCAUCACCCAUGCGACAGUACUCAGCGGCUCCUCCAGGGCAAACACAAGUCUUCAACUAUGUAGGAAAGACUUCCGAGAUGCAAAUGAUGGAGAUGGCUCUUCGUUUCUACAGUCANAAAGAGACAGGCCGCGCUGAUCAAUGGCAAGCACUAGCACAAGGUGCUGCCAAUGCCUGGAUUUCACAGGGUUCCGCUGCAUCUGGCCUACAAACGGCCCAAGGAGCACCUUUCGAGGGCUCAAUUGCAGACAUGCGAUAUGCG